AUGGUUUGCGGCACGCGGUUUGACUGCCCUGCCAAGUACUCGCUGAUCAAACCCAUCGGGGGUGCCUACGGAGUCGUCUGCUCGGCGCAGAACAACCUGCUUGGACGCCGUGUCGCCAUCAAGAAAAUUAUCAAGGCAUUCGAACACCUCACCGAUUCAAAGCGAACCCUCCGCGAGAUCAAGCUCCUGAGGCACUUCCAUCACGAGAAUGUCCUCUCCAUUGAAGAUAUGCUCCAACCGACCUCCUAUGAGCAGUUUGACGAUGUCUACCUGGUCUCGGAGCUGUUGGACACAGACCUCCACCAGAUUAUUGGCUCUCCUCAACAGCUGACAGACGACCACUGCCAGUACUUUCUCUAUCAAAUUCUCCGAGGCUUGAAGUAUAUUCAUUCGGCAGGAGUGCUCCAUCGCGACUUGAAGCCGAGCAAUUUGCUGUUGAAUGGCAACUGCGAUUUGAAGAUUUGCGAUUUUGGUCUCGCUCGCGUUGCACAAGCUGGCGACGCAUCUGCAGCUGGGUUUAUGACAGAGUAUGUCGCCACUCGGUGGUACCGAGCCCCUGAGAUUAUGCUCUCCUGGCGCGAGUACACCAAAGCUAUUGAUAUGUGGUCUGUCGGCUGUAUUUUCGCUGAACUGCUUGGACGUCGACCCUUGUUUCCCGGCAAAGACUUUUUGCAUCAAUUGAGCUUGAUCACCGACGUGCUCGGUUCGCCUUCCAACGACGACAUUGCUGGCAUCAGCAACGACAAGGCACGUCGAUUUGUGCGGCAAUUGCCCGCCAAGCCAAGAAUUCCAUUCCAAACCAUCUACCCGAAUGCCAAUCCAAUCGCGCUCGAUCUCUUGCAGCGAUUUUUAAUGUUCAAUCCGGACAAUCGUAUUUCUGUUGAAGAAGCUCUUGCUCAUCCCUAUCUUGCACCGCUGCAUGACCCAGCCGAUGAGCCGACUUGCCAUUCCACGUUUAAUUUUGAUUUCGAAAAUCGGCCGCUCACGAAGGAAAUCAUCAAAGAACUCACCUUCCAAGAAAUGCUGGCCUUCCAUCCCCCAGUGGCCGGAGAUGAGCAUGCGCUCUUCCUGCACAGCCAACUCCAAAUACUGCAACAGCAGCAAGUCCUGCGGGCACAACAACUUAUCCUCUACGAGCAAGCCGUCAUCCCACCCGAAGGAGGCGGCGAACUGCCCUUUGAUGCCGUGCUCAGUGAUGACAUGAUUGCGCCUUACGCUCAAGGAUGA